AUGGAUUCUACUGAGAACAACCAGAACAUCAACCUCUCAAAUAGCCCUCAGGCCCAAAGGGAGGAAAGGGGCCUGGAGGGUGUCCAGGUCCCCAUAACUGAGGCAGGAGAGGCAGAAGCCACUGCCACUGCCUCAGGGGAUGUGUCUGCAGGUCCCCAGAGUGUUGAGAGAGCUUCUGCUCCUCCCACUACCAUGGGAGGGGCAUCAUCUGGUGAAGCCUCUGACAAUGAAGAAGGGGAUGUGGCUGAGCCUGAGUCUUCCCAACAGAGUAUACUAAAUGGAAAGAUAGUUGAUUUGGUGAGAUUCCUGCUCAUUAAGUUUCGAAGGAUGGAGCUAACCACCAAGGCAGAAAUGAUGAAUAGGACCAUGAGAGAUUAUGAGGAAUACUAUUCUGUGAUCUUUAGUAAGGCCUGUGAAUGUUUGAUGUUGAUCUUUGGUAUUGACAUGAUGGAGGUGGACCCUUUUGUUCAUGCAUAUUUCCUUUUUCCUGCUUUGGGGAUUACCUAUGAUGGGAUGAUGCAUGGGGUUCUAGGUGUACCCAAGACAGGCCUGGUGAUAAUUGUACUAUGCGUCAUCUUCAUAGAGGACAAUUGUGUCAGUGAGGAGGUGUUCUGGGAUGUGAUGAAUAGCCUAGGCCUGUAUGCUGGGGUGAAUCAUUUCAUAUUUGGGGAGCCCAAGAGCCUCAUCACUGAAUACUUUGUGCAGGAAGGCUAUGUGGAAUACAGACAGGUGCACAACAGCUGUCCUCCUUGCUAUGAGUACCUAUGGGGCCCAAGGGCCUAUGCUGAAACCACCAAGAUGAAAGUCUUGGAAUUUUAUGCCAGUAUUGUUAAGCAGGAUCCUAGAUCCUACCAUGAAAAGUAUGCAGAGGCUUUGAGAGAGGAGAAAGAGCGGGCCUAG